AUGAACGUGCAACAUUUGCUUAAAAGCAAGAAAAAUAUUUAAAUAUUUUAAGUAACUGAUAAAGUUUAAAUUAAGAAAAGAAAAAUAUUUACACAAUAAGUGAGUGUGGGAGAAGCAAAUAGGAAGUCAACAUUGAAAACAACAACAAUUUAAUUGAAAUAAUUUAGUACCGAUAACAGCCUUGGAUCAGCAAUCAAAACAAAACUCUGCUGCUGUCAUCAACAUCUUAAAAGUUGAAUUUAACUUGGAUGUGUGCAUUUUGGAAUCAUCACUCAGUGCACCAGCACCAUAACAAGAAAGCAGAUAUUAACGAACAAUUCAACUAAAUUGAACUGAGUUGUAGUGAAAGUGAAACUGUUUAUUAUUCUUCUACAAUUGAUAAGAAAUUUAUAAGAGAGUAGUUUCCACAAUCAAAAGAGCUGAAACUAAGAAAGAAGAGAGUGACAACUAAAGAGAAUUCCCAAAAUUCAAUAAAUCAACGACCAAACAAAUGAAGAAAAUCUGUGUAUUUGAAUGAAAAGAUAAACAAAACGACUUCUUGGCAAAACUGCGAUCGAAGCCAGUGAUCAGUAGUGAUUUGUAAGCGGUCAAGGCAACUCUCAAGCGCAACAUUAAGUGCAACAAUAUCAUAUUUGGAAACGAGCAAAGUGCAGGGGUGCUGUUUGUCAAGUGCAAUGAAAUUCUUAAAAAUUUAUCUGAUAUUCGCAGCGAAUUUGGCGUUGCUUUAUAACAAAAUAGCGGAAGCUGCUGCUGCCCCAGCCACAGCAGUAAUCAGUGAUAUAACCAAAGAUGUGGUGGCCAGUGUGGGUGAAGAUGUAGAGUUCAAUUGUACUGUUCAAAAUGUGGGUCGCAUGUCCGUAAGUUGGGCAAAGCGUGAUAGUGAAUCGGGUGCUGGUUCAGUGGUACUUUCUAUGCGCAGUAUACUUAGUUUAAGCGAUCCUCGUUAUACAAUUGUGGAAAGUAAGGAUGACAAAACGGAUACCGCCACUUAUACCUUCAAAAUAACAAAAAUCGAAGCAGCCGAUAUGGGUUCUUACGAAUGUCAAGUCAUUCUUACGGCUACCGAUAAGAUAACCAAGAAACUGAAUUUGUCCAUCAAACAUCCGGCCAUCAUAUCAGAAGAACACACCCCCAAAUCAAUGGAAGUGACUGAGGGUCAAAAUCUUGAAAUUACUUGUCAUGCCGAUGGUUUUCCAGCACCCACUUUCUCUUGGCAACGUGAGGAUAAAGCAAUAAUGCCUGCUGGUGGACAUACUUUAGUUGGUCCUACACUGCGCAUUAAAGAAGCUCAUCGUUUAGAUCGUGGUGGUUACUACUGUAUUGCUAACAAUGGAGUGGGUCAACCAGAUCGUCGUCUCAUACGUGUUGAGGUGGAAUUCCGUCCACAAAUUGCUGUCCAACGGCCCAAAAUCGCCCAAUCACUUAAUCAUGCCGCCGAAAUGGAAUGCAUUGUUCAGGCCUACCCAGCACCAGCGGUAUUCUGGUAUCGCAAUGGUUCAAAACUCCAAUCUAAUUCCCGUUAUGAAAUCUCCAAUACGGCAUCAUCACAUGAGACAACAACUUCCGUGUUGCGUGUUGCCAGCAUCAAUGAAAUGGAUUUUGGUGACUACUAUUGUAAUGCAACCAACAAAUUAGGACAUGCUGAUGCCAGACUUCAUCUCUUCCAGCCUGUCAUACCAGUACCAUCAACAUUUUAAUUUAAAUUCAUUAUUCAAUGUCUGUGGACUGACUACAAUAAGAACAAUAAAAAUAACAACAGUAACAACAAAAAUAUCAGCAACAACAGCCACGAUAAAAAAAUAUUGUUUGUCAAGUCGCCGACUUAAAUUCUCUUUGUGUUCGUUCAUAAAAGCACAUAGAAUAAAAAAAAGACUGUACACGAAAUAAUGUUUACAAUAUUGUUUAAUAAAAUACUUAGCUUUAGAUAA